CUACGGAAGGAUCAGUAGGACGCAAUAUGCAAGAAGAAGCUGCCCAAAUGAGUUUCCAGUCCAACCGCAUGGACAGCAUGGAAAAUCCCACUGAAACCACCAAACAAAGUCAGUUCCCAACAGCGUAUCCGAUGGAAGACCGAUAUGUGACAGGUUCUCCUACAAGUCAGGAUCAAACCUUUACCCCAGAUGAUGGUCUUUUCCAGUCCCAACAGAGAAUGACGCCUUCCACUGUUUCGUCAACAAAUAUCCAAGCUCAAAGUCAUAUGAACAGUUUUGCUGCGCAACAGCAAAUGUUUACUGAAAGUCAUCCCCAACCAGAACAACACGGAUUUUCUGCUUCAAGCCAUCAAUCCAAUAAUGUUCAGCAGCAAUUCUUUUCUGAAGACAAAUCCAACAACCAGGGACAAGGUCGAAUGCUUGCUGGUGGCGAUUACAUGAGAAACCAACAAGGAUAUUACGCUGACAGACAACAUGCCCAAGAAAACCGUCAGUUUUCUGAAAACAGACCACAAGAUUUCCACGGUGCACCAGCUGAAAACAAACAAGUGUUCGGUAAUGUUCAACUCUCUGCGUUCGAUAACAGGGAACAUCCCCUUGUUAUCCCAAGAUUAAGUCAUCCUGGAUCAGCUGUUUUCGUGUCAGGUCUUAAGAAUUUGCCAUCCCUGCCAGCACUCGUGUACAAUUCUGGAAGCUUCUCUGCUGCGCAGUCAGGGACACCUGUAACAUCUUUAACUCCAGCUUAUGCAUUUGGCUCCAACACUUUUGCUCCAGUUCGUGCUGUGACGUCAUCAGCAACUGUGUCUUCAGCUGCUUUGACUCCAGUUCAUACUGCCCCAUACGGAUACAGUACCCUGUACCACGAUGGAUCUGCUUCGGGACAUCAUUUGUCAACUCAAUAUGCCUCUGUGAAGCAACACGUGCAGACCCCGUACGCAUCCGUGCAGCAACAUCUGAAAACCCCGUACGCAUCUAUCAAGCAACACUUUCAGACACCACAUGUGAGAUACGUGUACAGUCACUUACUGUAAGAGCCAGUCAAUGACGUUUAAAGACACUCAAGGGAAUUUAUUCUGCAUGGUAUUAUUAAAGGUUUCGGGCAUUUAACUGAUAGGUUUAUGCUUUUUAAAAUUUCAUUAGCAUAUCUUUAUCUAAAUUAGAGAAAAUGGAAAAGGACAAUAGUGCUCUUUUCUAUUUUCUCUGUAGAAUGUGGAAAAGGUAGAUUGGGUGUGUUAGGUUGCAUACUAGCUCAGUUGAGGUGAAUAAAGUGAUAGCUUUGAAGUUUGUUUUUUUCUCUUUGCUUUUAUUUAUAAUUUUUUUUUAAUGAAUCUGACAUAUCCCAUGUGCCAGGUUGCCCAGGCGACGAAAAACUAUAUCUUAGUGACCAGAAUAUUUCAGAAAACAGAACCUUUCAAAAAGCAAUGCUACACUGAAUUUUCGUAACUCCAAGAAAUUUGACUGGCACGCUUAAAGUUUUUUCCUUACUCUUAAGAUUUUUGAAAUUUUGUCGGUCUCUCUCUAUACAGAAUAUAUCAUUAAAAUUAUAACUUUAAUAUGAUAGAAAAAAUUUACCCUUUAUUGACAAAAAGAGAAAAUGAAGAGGAGACCAAGAUUGAAAUUUUAGCAGUAAUAAAAAUUCCUACAGCGAAAUAUCUCUCAUUCUAAAAAAAAAAAAAAAAAAGAAAAGUAUUGUGUGUCAUUGCCAAUUCAUUGUGUCAACAAGUCUUAGUUUCCAAGGCGUGUAAUUAGACAAAUAACAAUAUUCAAAAAUACAGAAUAUUAUUUUACACCAAAAAAGCGAUAAUUAAUCUAGUUCCAGCUGAGAAAACUGAAGAUUUAUGCACAAAAGAAUAUUUUGCGAGAGAACGGUGACUUGCAAAGAAUGAUAAUUACUAAUCAGUCAUAUCAGAUGAAGGACAGUAACCUUGGCAAAUGUUUUUAAAUAUUAAAAUAUGGCUCUAUUUUUUGGAUUGAAUAUUUAUUUAUUUACAAAAAUGCCUGGAUUUAACACUAAGUCACUUGCUUUCUGGCUUCCUAAUAUUUAAAUACAAUAGAUAUGGUUAAAAUUGUUAUGCAGAGCGCGUGUCUGAACGGCAACUGUUGAUUGCGAGUCUAGAAUUGCAUAGGCUGUAAGCCGGUGAUUCCUUCUAUCCUACUUUUAAAAGGUGGACAUUGAGGCAAUUGUUUUCGGUUAAAAACUGAAAUAGGCAACAGCAGAAUUUCCUUGAAGAUCUACUACUGUGACAGACUAUGUAACCCAGGGUGUGUUAGAGAAAGGUCUGGCGCACUACGCCCCAUGGUGACUUAAACUAAACGGAAGAAAUUUCCGAUACGUCAAAAAAAUCGCAUUUAAAUUUGACAAUGGCAUACAAUUCAAAUAAAAUUAAUUACAUAUAGUAUGAAUAAAAAAAUAAUCGUUACAAUAAUAAAAGAGAAACUGCUUGAAAUAGAUUAAGUUGUUUACGUGAUAAAAUAGGAUGAUCCACAAUUGAGUUUAAGGAAAUAAAGUUUGGAUAAAUAUAAAUUAACUAGUUCGGUAAUGGAAGUUUUUGAUGCGAUUAUUUUACGUCACCAUUUUCAGUUAUGUUUUUUUUUUUAAUUAUUAUGUGGAGUUUUCAAAUCUCUGUUUGGUAUUUACUAAUGGUAAAUGUCAAAUUAGAAUUUACAUUUUAUAGUGGAAAAAGCUUUUCGGGAUAAAAUUUGAAUGGUUCUUUUUCUUUCUAAUUAGAAUGGAUUUUAGUAAAUAUAGAAUGCCAAGAUUUUACAUUAUUAUUAUCGCUUUCGAAAAAAUUUCGCUCCUGUUUGAUGCUAGUUACUAAACUUAAAAUGCUAUAAAUAAAAAAAAAAAUGCUGUGAUAAUUUUAUUCUUCAUGGUGUUGUGUUAUUAUAACUUCUUAAAUAAAGAAACAAUA